AAACAUCUCGUGAUUUCGUGGAUGCUGCAUGCUGCGCGCACGCAGUCGAUUGAGCAAAUAUAACGAAAGAAGCCAGGAUUCUCGAUCUAUUUUUUGGUGCAAAAGUAUGGCCACAGUGCCUGAGGAAACUCGGGUGAAAGCAUACAACUGGUGCAGGGACUACUUGGGAGGAACGUGGAGGAGAAUCAAGUACGACGACUUUCAAAUUCGCGAUUUACGGGGACUAAGUCCGCAAAUAGCCCCACGGCAUUUUGUCUGUGCCUUACCCCCGUGGGUAGCAUGUGCCAACAUCAGUGAACCCCGGCAGGCAUUGCUGCACCUGUAUCGACAUCCAAUAAUCACGGGAACACCGCCCAGCACCCACAAGGGCCGUAAGAACGAGCCGACGGAGGUGCUGCUACGCGUCUUCGGGGAGAUCUUUUACGAGAGCGACGCGCCUCUGCUAGACACCAUCAUCUUCUCCUUGCUGUCGGAGCGGCAGCAAGGCCCCAAGCUGUACGGCGUGUUUCAGGAGGGGCGUUUGGAACAGUACAUUCCGUCGAGAUGCCUGACCACUGCGGAGCUGGCAGACCCUAAAUUCACGGUGGAGAUUGCGGAGAAGCUGGCCAAGUUUCAUCAGCUGGAAUUACCUCUGUGCAAAGUGCCGCGAUGGCUGAACCAGGUCUUAGACAAGUGGACCAACCUGACCCUCAGAAUGGAGCUGGACACACCCAGCGACCAGCGGGUCCUGGAGGAGAUCAGGUCACAUGACCUCGGAAAAGAAGUCACCUUCAUCAAGGAACUGAUCGCCAACUCCAAGAGCCCCGUUGUUUUCAGUCAUAACGAUUGCCAGGAAGGUAACAUCCUGCUUGCUAAAGGAAGCCCAGAGAUUAAGGACAACAGCCUUGUUUUGAUCGACUAUGAAUAUGCAAGCUACAACUAUAGGGCGUCAGACUUUGCCAACCACUUCUGCGAGUGGACCAUCGACUACACCAAAGAGAGCGCCCCCUACUUCAAUCUGGUUCCAGAGGAUCACCCGACCGAGGCGCAGCAGCUGAGAUUCAUCCGGGCCUACCUGGAGGAAUACAACUCCACCAAGGAGCAGAGGGAGGGGGAGGGGCCUGGAGCAGGAGGGGAGGGGGUGUGCAACCGCAUGAGCACCGAGGCCGAGGAAAAACUCAUUCUCCGAGAAAUCGCAAGGUUUACACCAGUCAUCCAUCUUAUCUGGGUAAUGUGGUCCUGUGUACAGGCUAAAAUCUCCCACACAGCCUUUGGUUACAUGGAAUACGGACUGGCCAGACUCAAGGAGUACUUCCGAACCAAGGCGGCCUUACCCGAUGACCUGUGACCGUUGCACUCCGACCUUGUGCUUUCAAACUGUAUUUCAAUCAUUCUGUCAAUAGACUGAUCCCUUAAACCCCGCCCACUGCACACUUAGGGAAACAAUACGUGCACCUCGUCAAUUACCCACCGCAUGUUACAAGCAUAUCUGACUAAAGUGCACGCGUGUUGGACAUAACCAACUCCCUAGGCAUUUUUGCCAGGAUGUAACAAUCUCAAUCCUCCAAAAUCCUCUGUUUUUUUCUUGAAUGUGGUCCUUGGAGGUGUGA